AUGGAGAACCGCCUAGCGAUUGGGGACGCGCGAAUCGGAGGCGUGGCGAGUGACAAUGCAAGUGAGGACGAGAAAGUGUACUACGGCUUUGGUGUGUUCAUGGGCAUGCCACUGGCUGCUCUCAAGGCCAUGAAGGACGAUUUUGUCGAGCAACAGGCGCUUUCUGGCGGCCUCCCGCGGGGAGCUCUGCUCUCGUCUGCCGCCAUGAACGGCUGUUCCCACCACGUGGAGGACGAAGCCAAUAGCUGCGACACACAAGUGAGCGUCCCUAUGGCUUCGCUGCUCGUGCAGCAGCAGCAGCAGCAACAACAACAGCCACGCGUUGAUAGCUACGAGGCCAUCGGAAGUCAGCAAAGAGAGUACGAAGACGAGCCGAGUACCGGAUACGAUCAAGACCUGCGCCAUGACGAACGAGGCGGCGGCGAUGCCGACAACAGUGACGGCUCGGACGAUCUCGGAAACAAGUCGCACUCGCUCAACUUUAUUCUGCACUGA